AUGCCGGACGCGAAUUGCACGCCCCAGCCAGCGCCUGUGACUCCAGCGAAUGGGACAGAGACUUCGCACAUGUCGAAUUCACGGUCGCCUGCCCAUCUCCUGAAAAGCCCCAAGGCCUUUGAGCUGAAGCCAUUGCGCAUGCCCAAGCCACUGUCUAUUUGA